GCGUGUGAGUGUGUGUGUGUGUGUGUGCGUGCGUGCGUGUGUGUGUGUGUGUGCGUGCCUGUGACCUUGAUUUCUCUCUGUACCUGUAUGUGAGUAAAAUGUUACAUUCUGCGUCUCUCCCCAAUUUGAUGUACAAGUCUCCGUAUAUUUAAGCUUGUACUUUGAAAUAAGUCGUCUGCAAACAUUCACUAGUCUGUUUCUCUACGUCUGCUGUCCUUGCCGUCUCACUAUCUCUUAUUGUUACCUACUGUCUGUUCAACACUUUGCUAAACCGUACAUCCCUAUUUCUUGUUCUAAUAUAUUUUAUAUGUAUUUAUCUUUUAAUGUCCAGUUUUGUAAAUAAAACACAAAUGUGUCCUUAAUAUUGGAUACUGCAUAUCAUUCAGUACUGAGAUGGUUAAGGCCUAUUUAAAAUACUCUGAAGGCUAAUAGACUGACAGGCUGUUGGAGAUAAGCUGCUUCAUAGGAUCAAGUUGGUCUGCGCUUUCUUUCUCCUUUAUUUACAAUGUUUUAAUAUAAAGAGACCAUAAUCUGCUUCUCUUACGUACCACCGGUGGCUGAUUAGAUCCACAUUUGCCCAGCAUCAUAGUUGGAGGUCGGCAAGUUCGAGAUGAUCUUAUCAGGGUAAGGCUGUGGUAUCAAAUUUCAGAUGAGAUCACUUAUUUCACAUCACAAAGCACAUCCCUACAGCCUGCUCAGCAUCAACUUCACGUUUCACAGACCUCUUUGUUCCUGAUCUGUGCAGCACAAGCUGAGAAGCACAUUCUUUCUCCACACUCUGCAAGCAGCCACAUUGGAGCCUGUUAGCUGCCAUCAUGCCUCUGCUGCAAAUGCUGUCUGAUUCCUAGCUUGUACAAAAACAAACCCAUCCAUUAUACAACCACACUGGCUGUCAGGCAUUUUAGAAAAGGUGGUUUAUGGCUGGGAGUUUAGUAGCUGGCUUUGUGUAAACACCUCUUGCCCUUGCAGUGCAGGGUGGCAUGGAGGCCCCGGUCAAAAUCAAACGGACCGCCAUCACGCUGGCACAGAAAGUCCAGAUCAUCUUGAAGCUGAACGACCCCUCCUUCAAGCAGAAGGAGAUCGCCCAGGAGUACGGACUGACCGCCUCCGCCAUCUCCAAAAUCGUCAAGAAGAAAGAGGGCAUUCUGGAGGAAUGGCUGCGCGGCGGGAACCUGGAGCGCAAGCGGAAACGCGAGGGCAAGAACCAGACCAUCGACGAUGCGCUGCUCAGCUGGUUCUGGAUGGCCAGCAAGGAGGAAGGCCCCAUCUCCGGGCCGGUGCUCAUGGCCAAAGCCAAGGCCCUUGCCGAUGAGAUGGGGAUCGAGUUCAAACCCACCAAUGGGUGGUUGUGCCGCUGGAAGAACCGCAACAACCUGGCCUACAGGCGGGUGCCGAGGGAGAAGGCCGAUUACCUGACCACCAGCAACCACAGGCCCGGUUUGCCCAUGCUUGUGACUCCCUCUCUCUACCUGCAAGAUGCACAGCAUGUCCCAGAGUAUUAUGGAGAAGGAACACCAACACAACAGCCGGAGGAAGCGGAGGAAGACUCCCGUGACCAGACUGCAGAGGGGAUGGAGCAGGAGGAACAAGACGCACACUUUUAUACAGGCAAGUCUUGAAUACCCAAACAAGUCUUGAAUACCCAAGCAAGUCUUGUAUACCCAAGCAAGUCUUGUGUACCCAAACAAGUCUUGUAUACCCAAGCGUCUUGUAUACCCAAGCAAAUCUUGUAUACCCAAGCGUUUUGUAUACCCAAACAAGUCCUAUACCCAAACAAGUCAUAUACCCAAGCAAGUCUUGUGUACCCAAGCAAGUCUUGUAUACCCAAGCGUUUUGUAUACCCAAACAAGUCAUAUACCCAAACAAGUCAUAUACCCAAGCAAGUCUU